AUGAGGGAGAGAGGGAGUGAAACUGAGAGAGUCGAGUUCCAGAAGAGAGUGAAAAUGACAUUCGCGUACUGUUUCGGAGAAGAAAGAAUCAUGAAGGAUAAGGUAAAAGGAUCUUUUGAUGUUUACGAGAAACAGUGCCGAGUCGAGGGAAGUGGUCAUGGACGUGACGCUCGAAUCACAGGUCAUCCCCAAGAGAAGCAGUUUCAAGCAUCUUGGGUCGGUUAUCCAGGGGAUGGGGAAAUCGAUGAGGAUGUUGCACACCGUAUAGGGGUGAGUUGGAAGAAGUGGAAGUUAGCAUCUAGAGUCCUAUGUGACAAAAAGGUGCCACUGAGGCUCAAAGAGUAUUGGCCGGUCAAGAACUUUCAUAUCCAGAAGAUGAAAUUAGCAGAAAUAAGGAUGUUGAGUUGGACGUACGGGCACACUAGGAUGGAUAUGAUUAGGGAUGAAGAUAUUCGAGAGAAGGUGAUCGUUUAUCCAUGUGUGGAGCUUAGGUUGCAAGUUGCAAAGAGCGUACUUUGCUGCUCGUCAUCGUCCGGGAGAAACCUGCUUUUUAUGCUCGUUUAA